UGCAGGCUGCCAGCUCGGGCCGCUCUUUCUCCCUCCUCUGCCCCGCUGUUACCUGGGAGACACCACCUCGGCGCCCGGACACCUGGGUUCCUCCCCCUGGGGCGUGAAGGCGCAGCCAGUCCCGGCCGAGGGGCCACCCUGAGCCCUCCAGGGUGGUUUCUUUCGAGACACAGGCCACCCGCAGACACACACACACAAGGAGCCCCCCCCGCUUGCGUCUUUUUCGGUGCCCGGCAGCGGCCUUCCCUCGCCUGGGGCCCUCCAGCCAGUAGGGGGAUGCUGGGAGAUGUAGUUUGGCUCAUCUGGAGGCCCCAAGUUGGGAAGGCUACUCUAGAGCCUUCCUCCUCUCCUCCUCGCCACCUAUUGCUCUUGCUCCCGCAGUUGGAUAGCUCCUGUGUACCUGCCUGUUAUAACCGCCAGGACAGCCUGCCUGUUGCUAAAAAGAAAAUCAAGCGCAAGACUUUGCCUCCCAUUUCUAACAGAGACUUCCAAAUGUCAGGAAGGAACCCAGCAGUUGUAGCUUUCCUCUGCACUGACUCUGUGUGUGUAUACACAUACGAGAGAGCACUGCACCUGUUGAAUCCCUGCUUGUCCUACUGCCAGGGGGUGACCAUCAAGAAGGCCUUCUCAUUCCUAUCCUCAAGUCUGCCUUGCUGGAGGACUUCAGACAUCAAUUGCAGGGUACAGGAACUGCAGGGUUUAAGAUGGCACGUAUCACCCUUGAGGAGCUAAAUGAACUGGAUGAUGAGGUUGUGGAUGAAGAUGAUGAACCGAUGGAAGAAGAGGAACAGAACAGGCUGUUUUCGCAUUGGGAGGCAGUAGCCAGCACUCACCAAGUGUCACUCCCUCAGGAGAUGGCAGGUCCAAUACUGCAAAUGACACGCCAUAACCAGCCACGAGAGCCAGUACCCUACACAACUUUAUCGCAGCAUGAGAAGUGUGAGGAGAUAGCAUAUGAGGAACGACUGUACCCAGUUGGGAAAUGGGCAUGCGUCACCAAAGGAGAACCCAAGUAUGAGCAGAGCAUCUCUAUGGGUUUCAUGAAACUAAUACGGUACAUCUGCAAGGAGAACUCCUUAGGCUGCCAGUUGGGGAUGACAGUGCCAGUGGUCAAUGAGAUCCACCUGAAUAAGGAAGGCACUGAGUUACUGCAGGACGUCAUCACUGCCUAUUACCUCCCUGGGGAAUUUCAGCUUAACCCCCCUCUCCCCAUGGACCCGGACAUCCAAAUCCUAGAGAGAGCACCACUUCAGGUCAUCACCAGGGUAUUUUAUGGGACAACUACAGAAGAGACAAUUCUGCGUGAGAUCCACCUUCUCUGGGAGUUGCUGGGCUCAACUGAAAACGUGCUCCGUGAUACCUACAUGGUGGCUGCAUACCAGAACCCUGGUGUCCCUAAUCGUCGCAAUGAAAUCUGGUUUAUCCGGCGAACAGACUGAAAGCACCCUGAAUCCCUGACAAGAUUACAAUCCACCCCGUCACUGGAUCCAGUUUAGAUGGCAGUUGUAGCCUGAAGGAGAUGAAUGCACAUCCUGACUCACUAUAGGAUAGAUGAGCUGUUCCUUUACCCCUGGGUGAAUCAAGGAGUAAUGCUCCUUUCUGUGAGCUCACAGCAAAGGAAAAAAGCUAGUCACACAAAUCUCCCAGAGAGGGUUUCAAUACUGCUCCUGCAGGGGGUUCGUGUGAGAAUAUGGAGUUGUUGAUGGAGGUGGCAUUGGAAAAAACUAGGGGUGGCUACUUCAAUGGACCCCAACUGCUCAGUGAAUGAAGGGGCACUGGGGACUGUAGCUGUUGAGCAACCCAACAGCAUCCCACAUCUCACAUUCCAAGGGUCAGGUAACAAUCCUGACAUGAAUUUGGAGAGCAAGUCCAAACAUCACUGCCUACAGCUGUGUCUAUAGCUGAGAGAUGGUGAUGGAUGGACCACAAGUUGCUUGUAAAUGGAGAAUUUCACUUCUUAUGCUCUGGAACAUCCCUUUCAGUCAUGCACAUGAAAGGCUGCUAGUCAGCUUACUCUCUAAGAGCAGUGAAGCUCCAUUUUCACAGUUUCGGAUGAAAUAGCUUUAGACUUUUCUCCUGACUGGAGUAACUUGAACACAUUUCCAAUUACAAAUGGAAAAUCCCUGCCAAGGGCUAUGGCCCAGAGGAGGUUCUGAGGAGUUCAGGGAGACUCUCCUCCAUGGCCUAAAGGUCCUCCUGUUUUUCUAAGAGUACUUAGGAAAACACAGGCAAUCCAUGGCCUAGCAGCCAGCUGGGACUUGUGUGCACCUCUUCUUAAUAAAACCAGCCGAAUGGCUUGGUAUGAGCAGAGCAGGCCAUAUAUUUGCAAGUUGUCAUGGGCAGCAUUUUGUCGCUGUGUGUUGCGUUGUGCAUUGAUUGGUUGGUUUCACACUCAUGGAUGCUACUGCCCUCUCCCAAAGGAGGCUAGUAGCGUGAAGCAAACCUGAAAUAAAAUAUAGUUCAGACCUUGUGAA